AUGCAGGGCGGCAAGCCCGACGUGGAAGAAGAAGUCGUGCAGCGGAAAGACGGGGCAGCAGUUGCUGCUCCAGGCGGGGCAGUAGCUGCUGGCACGACCUUAUCUUGUGCAAAAGUAUCGUACUAGUAUAAGCUGCAUUACAAAUUGACUUUAGCAUUACAAAUUUAAUUUGUAAUGCUGAUCUACCUCGAGAAGGAGAUUUGUAAUGCAUAAAUGCAAUUACUACGAGUACGAUGCUUUUGCACAGGAUAGACCUGGUACGUCGAACAGCUGAACGACGGAUAUGGUGUUCUCAACUGUUGCAUUCUCAACUGUAUACAUGAAUUUGUGAUGCAAGAAUGGCAAAAGUCAAAGCAGGAAGGUUGCGCCUUGAGCAUUACAAAUCCCGCACAGAUUUAGGCUCUCUUUAGCCCUUCCAAAACUUGUCAUGCGAAGUAGCUCCACCUUGUGGAUGUUGAUGCUCAUUUUGCAUGACGAAUCAUGUAACAGUUGAGAAUGUAACGCUUGAGAACGCCAUAACGUAUCUGAAACGGUGUUGUCCGACGAGGAGGGCGCUUUUCUGCACCAGCAGUCCACUGCGGUGUUAUGGCGGGAGGAAAGAAUAUCGCAAGAAAAAACUGUUUCACUGUAAACUUGUGAUCCAUAGAACGGAAUGCAAAUGUGUUUGUGUUACUACACAUGCAAGACAUUGGAUUUUUUUUUUAGCUGUGUUUUCCCUCAGGAAGCACGCAUGCCAAGAUUUCUUUGUCAUUUGUAACAAACUUGUGAUGCAGAUCUUGCAAAAUCAUCACAGUGAAACAGUUUUUUCAAGGGAUAAAGAACGCCACUGUGCCCCCUGCGCGGUUCUCUGCGCCCGUUUCUGUUGGGCAACCUCUCCAGUAGGAUGACGGACUUGUGUAUCCAAGAAGAUUUUUGUGCGUGUAACUUAUAUUUUUGGAGGCAUUUUUAGGUAUUUUUACAGCACAAGCAGCAUUACAAAUGCAAAUCUGUCUGGCAUGAUGAGAACAAAAACCUGUCAUGCGCAGAUGAUGCGUGAAAAUAUAAAUAAUGCGGCUCAGUCGUGGACGACCUCAGAAUGGCAAGGCAUAUGUACAGCAUGACAAAUGAUUAUCAUCUUGCAUGUUGCGCAUCACUUAGUUACGCCAACAAUGUUUUUUUCUUGCAUACUGUGGGCAGCCAAAAUAUGGCGUUCUCAAACGUUACAUUCUCAACUGUUACAUGCACUUGCAAUGCAAGAAAAGCAAAAGUGAAAGUGGCAACGUGGCAGCUUUCGCAUCACAGAUUAUGAUGCUGUUUAGCCUUUCGAAAAUUUGUCAUGCUAAGCACCUUGAUCAAGUGGAGGCUGAUGGCAAUUUUGCAUGACAAAUUCAUGUAACACGACUUGAGAAUGUAACAGUUGAGAACGCCAUACAAAAGGGGGGAGAUGUGGAAGAACCGCAAACGAGUGGACCGCAGUCUCGCGAAGGUAUGAGAGUGGUUCACAACUCCCCCUCCCCUCAUUUGUCAUGCAAAAACGCAGUUCCACUUCCAGGCACUGCCUCUCAUCGCUACCUUGCAUGACAGACUUGGGAAUUAUUCAAACAGUACUUAUAAACCGCACGCAUAUUCGUCAUGCGGAAGCUACAUUUAUUCUGACCUUCUGUCUAUUGUUGUUCUUGCCUUGUUCAAAUGAGGGUGACUCAGGGGGAGUUCUUGUGCUGCACUCUCAUAGUCGGGGUUCAAACACGAGAAGCCACCGCCUCCCUGGAUUUUCGAAGUCACAGCACCACAAACGUUGCCUUACCCGGGUGACGCCGACGAGUGCGAGGAAUGGGAACGCAUCCAGGCCAAGCUGCUAGACGAGUUGCGCCGCGUGCAUAUUGAUCCGCACGAUAAAAAUGUUAUCCCAAGAAAAUAAAACUUUGUAGCGUGGAACUUUGAUGAUGCAACUGAACUGUAAUAAGUAUGCAACUAUGCAGAUCGACAUCAUGCAGAGUGAAGAUGAACAUGAACACCCACAGCCACACUUAUGAAAAUAUGCGUGGAGUAUGCUAGUGCGCUUCCAUAAUUUUCGUGGACUAGUAGUACACCCAGGGCCAGGACAUUGGGCACGUCAAAAACUUUCCUACUGCCGCGCCCGCUUCAAUAUUUCCAUCGCGCGCUACUACUCAGUUUUUACGCACGACCACAAGGCUCUUAUUCUGCAGGAGUCCUCUGCAAAUAUUUGGGAUUCAUCUCAUCAUGCUUAUGUUUUCGUUUGCAUUAUGAGUGCCCGCGGCCACAGUUUUAAAAACAUUUCCCUUGGAUAUUCCAGAAGAAGAGCCCCGACGCCGACGAAGAACAGCAGCAGAACACUGGCGAGGAGCAAGGUGUCGACCGGCCUCCCGUGGCAGCCAAUGUCUUGCACGGGGCCAACCUCCCUGUCCCGGACCAGGCAACCGAAGCGAACGGCAGGCGGAG